CCCUCAACCCCGGCUGGUAGUGCUGUGUGAGUGCGUGUGUGCCACUGAGCUCGCUCGGCACACAUUCUAUAAAAAAAAAAAAAAAAAAAAAAAAAUUCAAAACAUUAAAAAAUCCAAAAAAUCAUUUUUUUUUCUUUUUGUAACAAGUCGGUGAAACUGGAGUAGACAUUCGAAGACGGGACGGUAACGUAUAAGAAAGGGCUGCCUAACGUGAAAUCGAGCGACAAAAUUGUCAGUCGACGUGUUACUGGUUUAGAAGCGAGGCCAAGUAACGUUAGAAUUGUUUUUACCAUUGUGUGUCAUAUUUGAGAGACAGUUUUAAUCCCACUAGAAGUCGACAGUUUGCCAUUUUAAUAUAGUCAUCUUUUAAUUUUCACUCUACAACACUUUAACUGACAAGCCAACGGCUGAAUUCUAACCCGAACUGCCGUGACGUUAGUGACCGUUUGAGAACCAGGAAUCCGUACUGUCGCCGAAAACUUUUCGUUUGCGAAAUCAAGCCUCGUCCGAGUACUUAGCUAGCUUCAACAGCCUACGAAAAUGAACCCCAGUGCUCCCAGUUACCCCAUGGCUUCGCUCUACGUCGGGGAUCUGCAUCAAGAUGUGACCGAGGCCAUGCUGUACGAGAAAUUCAGCCCUGCCGGAGCUAUCCUGUCUAUUCGGGUCUGUAGGGACAUGAUCACCCGGCGUUCCCUUGGAUACGCCUAUGUCAACUUCCAACAGCCAGCCGACGCUGAGCGUGCACUGGACACCAUGAACUUUGAUGUGAUCAAGGGUAGGCCUGUGCGCAUCAUGUGGUCACAACGUGAUCCCUCACUGAGAAAAAGUGGUGUUGGAAACAUCUUCAUCAAGAAUCUUGACAAAUCUAUUGACAACAAGGCUCUUUAUGACACCUUCUCUGCUUUUGGCAACAUCCUGUCAUGCAAGGUGGUUUGUGAUGAGAAUGGCUCUAAAGGCUACGGCUUUGUGCAUUUUGAGACUCAGGAGGCAGCCGAAAGAGCCAUUGAGAAAAUGAAUGGCAUGCUGCUCAAUGACCGAAAAGUAUUCGUGGGUCGCUUCAAAUCUCGCAAAGAGCGCGAGGCUGAGCUGGGUGCCCGAGCCAAGGAGUUUACAAAUGUUUAUGUUAAAAACUUUGGUGAAGACAUGGAUGAUGAAAAGCUGAGGGAACUCUUCAAUAAAUACGGAAAUGCCAUCAGUAUCCGUGUCAUGACUGAUGACAACGGAAAGUCUAGAGGCUUUGGGUUUGUCAGCUUUGAGAGGCACGAGGACGCCCAGAAGGCAGUGGACGAGAUGAACGGGAAGGAGUUGAAUGGCAAACUAAUCUACGUUGGCCGCGCCCAAAAGAAGGUGGAGCGACAGGCAGAGCUUAAGCGGAAAUUUGAGCAAAUGAAGCAAGAUCGCAUGACCCGCUACCAGGGUGUUAACUUGUAUGUGAAGAACCUUGAUGAUGGAAUUGAUGAUGAACGUCUGCGAAAGGAGUUCUCACCCUUUGGCACCAUUACUAGUGCCAAGGUUAUGAUGGAGGGCGGGCGCAGCAAAGGCUUCGGCUUUGUCUGCUUCUCGUCUCCAGAGGAGGCCACGAAAGCAGUGACGGAAAUGAAUGGACGCAUUGUAGCCACCAAGCCAUUGUAUGUGGCCCUGGCCCAGCGCAAAGAAGAGCGUCAAGCCCACCUGACCAAUCAGUACAUGCAGCGUAUGGCUAGUGUGCGUGCAGUGCCAAAUCCAGUCAUCAAUCCCUACCAGCCCGCCCCUCCCUCUGGCUACUUUAUGGCAACCAUACCUCAGGCUCAGAAUCGUGCUGCUUACUACCCAGCUGCUGGACAGAUGGCCCAACUUCGCCCGAGCCCACGCUGGGCCACCCAAGGCGUCCGGCCGCAACACUUCCAGAACAUGCCGGGUGCCAUGCGUCCCUCGGCACCGCGCCCUCAGACCUUCGGCGCUAUGCGGCCUGCCUCUCAGGUGCCCCGCAUGAUGUCCACCCAGCGUCUUGCAACUCAGACCAUGGGGCCCCGACCAGCCACUGCAGCUGCUGCAGCCGCCGCUCCUGUGCGUGGAGUCCCUCAGUACAAGUAUGCCGCUGGAGUCCGCAAUACCCAGCAGCACAUGACUGGUCAGCCACCGGUCACCAUGCAGCAGCCUGCUGUACAUGUUCAGGGACAGGAGCCUCUGACUGCCUCCAUGCUGGCUGCUGCUCCACCACAAGAGCAGAAGCAGAUGCUGGGUGAGCGUCUGUUCCCACUGAUCCAGAACAUGCACCCAAGCCUGGCAGGGAAGAUCACUGGCAUGCUGUUGGAGAUUGACAACUCAGAGCUACUCCACAUGCUCGAAUCCCCAGAGUCUCUCCGCUCAAAGGUGGAUGAGGCGGUGGCUGUGCUUCAGGCCCACCAGGCCAAGGAGGCUGCACAGAAGACUGUGACAAAUUCAGCUGGCGUCCCAAGUGUCUGAAUCCAAGAUUUGGCCAGAUCCCAGUGUAAACUAGUCAUGGUCCUUAACUGACCCGACUACGCAAAAGUACAAUAACAACCUCAAACGCAGCAUGUCGUCAGACAACAGUAAACAUGGAGGUCACUGAAGCCCGUGUUUACUGGAAGCAGUGGAAGCCAAUGAAUUUAUGAGUUGAUAACAACGGAGCCACGUUUUUAGCCUUUUGUGGUGCAUUUACUUCCAUAUGGAGGUGUGUGUAGAUGCUGAGCUGGAGACAGGAAUGAUUUCAUUGUGGCAUUAAUGGCAAUACAGAAACAGAUUUCAUCCAAAAUUCUAUGUUUUUAGACACCAAGCGUAUUCUGCACUCUCACCAGUGAAGAACUGCGACCAGUGUUGAUCUAGACUGACUUUGAAUUCACAUGAAUUCAAUAUGUGACUGUUUCAACUCCUGUCAUCUGUAUCUGAUUUGGGGACCACAUUUGAAAGCGUCCCAGAUCAGAAUCAAAAAGAUUCACACUAUGAUGACAGAUCUGAAUAAAAAAUGUGUGAAUAAAAUCAGAUUUGGGCCAAUUUUGCCUGAACAUAGUUUUAAGUAUAUAUCUAAAAAUAAAACCACUGUAUGGCUGGUGUUUCUUGAAAAGCUUGAAGGGCUUGUUUUGGUUGAUAGCGAAAUGAAACUGU